AUGUCCGACUUAGUGAAGCCACCAAGUUUCCCUGCAUCAGAGCAAGAAGAAAAGGAAGCCACUAACGAGAGCAUGGACACCAACAACAUGGCAAAUACACCAGAAAUCCAGUGUUCACCGGAUCAAUACAUAAAAGCAAAUAAACUCAAAUCUUCAGCCGAGCAGGUACUUUUCAUCGCCUGGAAGGAAUCUGAUGAGAAGAGGAAGGAGCUAGAGAGAAGCAACGCCCAACUCUUGCAAAAAAUGCAGGAUUUGGAAAAAAGAUUUCUCAAUAUUGAGAAAAAGAUCCAUAGCCCACAGCCUACCAGCUCAGCAGCCGAGAAUUACUCGACAAAUGAAGAAGAAUUGGCUAAAGAAACUGAAUGGAUCACAACUCAUACUAAGCGGGCUACCAAGAAGAGGAAGCUUAGCACCCCAUCGCCAGAAAUCAAAAAUGAGUCUGCAAAAAAGAAGCAACAAAAUUUGAAUAAUAAAAUCACUCCUGUGGAAAAACCAAUCAGUGAGGAGGAGAAGAGGAAGAAGAAAGAAAUGCCACCACCGCCAAUCAUUGUGGAUGGUAUUAAGAAUCUGAAUGUACUUAUUACGAGUUUGAAAAAAGUGUCACCAGCUGACAAAUUUAGGAUUAAACUGUUGAGUAAAGAAACAUUUAAAGUAAAUGCAGUUGAUUCGGAAACUUAUCGGAAUAUUACCAGAGAAUUGAUUAAAUAUGGGCUCAACUGGCACUCCUAUGAAGAUAAACAGUCGAGACCAAUAAGAGUGAUGAUUAAAAAGCUUCAUCACUCUUGUAGUACAGAAAUGAUUCUGGAAGAUUUGAAAAUUGUCUCUGAUAAUGAUGGCACUCCCACCCCUCGCGACAUUGCUGGGAUGUAA